AGUGAACAGUACCCGCCAAGAAUACAAGUUUAUACGGGAAAAAGUAGUGAAAAUCUAGUAGUUUAUUGCUGUGGGGAACUGUUUAUAAGUAAAUUUUAACAUGCCUCGAGAAAUUAUCACCUUACAGCUAGGACAAUGUGGAAAUCAAAUCGGAAUGGAGUUUUGGAAGCAGCUCUGUGCAGAACAUGGAAUAAGUCCUGAGGGAAUCUUGGAGGAUUUUGCCACAGAGGGAACAGAUAGAAAAGAUGUCUUCUUUUAUCAGGCUGAUGAUGAACAUUAUAUCCCUAGAGCAGUGCUGCUGGAUCUCGAGCCUCGAGUCAUCAACACAAUCAUGAACUCACCAUACGCCAACCUGUACAACCCAGAGAAUAUAUACCUAUCUAAGCAUGGAGGUGGGGCAGGCAACAACUGGGCUUCUGGUUAUAGUCAGGCAGAGAAGUUGUACGAGGAAAUCUUUGACAUCAUAGACAGAGAGGCUGAUGGAAGUGAUAGCCUUGAGGGCUUUGUUCUGUGUCACUCUAUUGCUGGAGGAACAGGUUCAGGGAUGGGGUCCUACUUACUGGAGAGACUCAAUGACAGGUUCCCAAAGAAGUUAGUGCAGACUUACUCUGUGUUCCCAAACCUAGAUGAGAUGUCAGAUGUGGUGGUCCAGCCCUACAACUCAUUACUCACGCUGAAGAGGCUCACUCAGAAUGCUGACUGUGUGGUUGUAUUAGAUAACACAGCUUUAAACAGAAUAGCAGCAGACAGACUUCAUAUAGAGACUCCAAACUUCUCUCAGAUAAACCAGCUGGUAUCAACAGUAAUGUCCACCUCCACGACGACACUGCGUUACCCUGGUUACAUGAAUAACGAUCUGAUUGGUCUGAUCGCCUCACUGAUCCCCACCCCCCGCCUUCACUAUCUGAUGACAGGGUACACACCCCUGGCUACAAACUCACAGGUAGCGAGUGUCAGAAAGACAACCGUCCUAGAUGUCAUGCGGCGACUCCUGCAGCCAAAGAACAUGAUGGUGUCCACUCCCGUCCACCGGCAGGCCAACCACUGCUACAUCUCCAUACUUAACAUCAUACAGGGAGAAGUAGACCCCACACAGGUACACAAAAGUUUACAGAGGAUUAGGGAGAGAAAGUUAGCACAGUUUAUUCCCUGGGGUCCGGCCAGUAUCCAGGUGGCGCUGUCUCGGAAAUCCCCAUACAUCCAAACAGCCCACAGAGUCAGCGGUCUGAUGUUGGCAAAUCACACCAGUAUAUCUACGUUAUUUGAGCGGACUCUACAGCAAUACGACAAGCUGAGAAAACGAGAGGCUUUCAUGGAUCAGUUCAAAAAGGAAGCCAUAUUUAAGGACAACUUAGAUGAGUUUGAUAACUCAAGGGAAGUAAUCCAGCAGCUGGUCGACGAAUAUCAUGCAGCCACGAAGCCAGACUACCUCUCCUGGGGUACACAACAGGCUGUUGCAGCAACAGGGGAGAGAAUUUGAGAGAGGUUAAGGCCAUGUGAUUUUCCAAUUCAAAAUCUGUGGGAUGUGAAGAACUCUACUACAGCAUACAGUGACUGUGUAGCUGUGACAUCAGUAUUUAUGUCUUCCCCUUUCAAAAGAUUUCAUAUCUUCACAGAGGAAACUGGGUACCUUGUUUAUGUAUGAACGAGACUCCAGUUGUCUUUGAAUUAUAUUGAUUUAUUGUCUUCAACAUCAUAAUUUAUCAUUCUGCCAGCAUUUACUACACAUGUAGAAAGAUAUAAUGCACUAAACAUGCUCAUAAAAAAAUAAAAAUUGAACUUAUGUCCUGGUGUACAAUGAGGAAAAUGAGGCAACCCAGUUCACUUCAAAUAUCUGCCACAUAAAGUCAUACAUUAUUGCAAUGAUAAAGUUACACAUUUAUACAUUCAUAAUUUCUAGAGAGCCAGGUGCUAGUAACAACACUCAUGUUUUUACAAUUUUUCAUUUCAAAACUCACAUGUCCAUAAAUCUAAAUCUAAUUUAUGUAGACUGUAGGAGUCAGAUAAUUGUUAUUGAAACAAACUAUGUAUUUUUAAAUACUGAAAUGCCACAAAUCUUGAAAUGAAGAUUUGUUUAUAAAAUUUUUUGUGUAAGAUCUUAAUUUUGUUUUUGAUCAUGUUGUUAUUUUAUGAAAAUAUAUGGUAAAGAGACCAGAUGAGCUUGUGCAAAUAGUAAGAUGUCGAUCUGUUGUGAAUUUUUUUUUCAAAACGAUACUCCUUGUACAGAUUUGGUCCAAUUUCAAUAAAACUUUGAACACCAGUAUACUAUACAUA